AUGGCGCCCCGCGACCUCGACUGCGGCGACGACGUCAUCGAGAUGGACGACGACGAUUUGGACGCCAUCGACGUCCUCGGCACGGGCGCCGUCAUGAAGAAGAUCCUCAAGGAGGCGCCGGACGUCGAGGUCGAGUACGGCCACCCGGAGACCGGCGACCAGUGCAAGAUCGCCUACGAGGGCUACGUGCUGGGCUGGGACGACGAGCGCAUGCGCAGCGAGAAGAUGUGCCACCGCAACUACCUCGUCGCGGACGUGACGAUCAAGCCGCACCGCGCCUACGGCAAGAUGGGCUCGCCGCCGGACAUCCCGGGCAACGCCACGGUGCUCUUCAAGCUCGAGCUGCUGAGCUUCACGAAGAAGGCGGACGUCUCCGAGAAGCGCGACGGCUCCGUGCUCAAGCACGUCGUCCACGAGGGCGAGGGCGGCACGGACGUCUUCUCCCUGCCGAACAAGCGCUGCGACAUCUACUAUAGCUACAAGCUGCGGCUGCCCUACGACGGCACCGUCGAGCCGUUGGACGAGGACGACGACGCGGAGUGGCUCGCGGAGGACGCGGAGCACGGGACGCCCGUGGGCCUGCGCCUCGGCCUCGAGACCAUGCGCCGGGGCGAGCGCGCGCGCUUCACCAUGUACGCGGACUGCCACGGCGUCCGGGGGCUGCCCGACCUCGGCCUGCGGCCGCGCGACCGCAUCGUCUACGAGGUGAAGAUGAAGUGCUGGGUCGAGUCCGUCGACGUCGUCCGCGACAAGAAGGGCGCCGUCGUGAAGCGCAUCAUGAAGGCCAUCCACCACACGAAGAGCGACCCGCCCGACGAGUUCGACCGCGUCCGCGUGCAGGGCCACGUGUCGCUCAGCGAUGCGCCGGACGUCGUCGUCGCCGUGCUCGGCGAUCGCGACGACUUCGACAACUCCUACGCGACGUGGAAGCUCCGCGACGCCCGCUUCGGCGAGAUCAUGAAGUUGUUGGGCGACGGGUCGUCGGCCUACGACGAGUCCGGCUUCGACGUCGCGGGCGGCUGGUUCGACGAGAAGGAAUUGCCGCGCGUGACGCUGUGCCCGGGUUUGGACGAGGCCGUCAAGUCCAUGCGCGUGGGGGAGAUCGCCGACGUCGAGAUCCGCGCGGACUACGGCUACGGCGACCACGACGCCGUGCCCGCGGACGCCGUCGGCGUGAACCUGGACGCGCACCUCCAACUGAUCUCCUACGACAAGGAGAAGGCCCCCUGGGACCUGACCAUGCCCCGGGAGAUCAUCGAGCUCGCCGAGGAGUCCAAGGAGAGCGGCAACGCGCAGGCGGCGAAGAAGAACUGGGCGCAGGCCGCGCGGCGCUACAAGCGGACCCAGGACUGCUGCAAGUGCGUCACGAUGAACGAGAAGCUCUUCAAGGACCCCUUCACGGGCAAGAUGCCCGAGGACGACACGCUCGCGACGGCUUCCGAGUACGAGAUGCGCAAGUUGAAAGGCAUCGAGGCCGCGGCCGCGUCGAACCAGGCCAUGUGCCACCUCAAGCUCCACCAGUUCAAGGACGCGAAGUACGAGGCGGCCCACGCCGUCGAGCUCGACGCGCACAACGUCAAGGCGCGCUUCCGCCUCGCGUCCGCGAACAUCGGCCUCCGGCGCCUCCGCGACGCGGAGAAGGACCUCGUCGCGUGCCUCAAGGACGAGCCCUACAACAAGGAGAUCAAGCGGUGCCUCCUCGACGUGCGCAAGAAGCUCGGGCUGCCGCCCAACGGGAAGCGGGCCUAG